AUGGCCAGUGGUCACAGGCCGCCCGUAGCUCGGCCCUCGUCGAGAGCAGGAAUGGGGCUGGCAGCACGGCCGGCCUCUUCGUCACGGACUCCAUCAGCAACCAGGAUAGGAACAGGGAUGCCUCCUAGUACCUCAAGACCUGGUUCUCGUGGUGGUCCUUCAACUGCUAGCGGAAUUUUAUCAUCUCAGAUUAAAGUUGCAGACCGCCCAGUGACGCAACAAGGAUUAAGUGGAAUGAAAACUGGAAUGAAAGGUCCUCAGAGGCAGAUAAUGGAUAAAACGUAUUAUCUUGGACUGCUGAGGAGCAAAACAAAUGAACUCACAACAGAAAUUAACAAGCUGCAGGAAGAAGUAGAAAUGUACAAGCAGGAGAAAUCAGUCUAUUUGUCGUAUGAAAAAAGGGCAGAGGCUCUAGCUGGUGAAAUCAAAGAAUUUCAAGGUCAGCUAGCAGACUACAACAUGGUUGUGGAUAUACUUAACACCAAUACAGAUGUGGCGGAAUUGAUUCAUGAUUACAAUAUGUUAAAGGUUCAGAAUGACCGAGAUGCUCAGAGUGUGGAUAAAAUCUUCACCGAAAGACAAGCCACAGAAAAGUUAAUUCAAGCUGUGGAAGAAGAUACUGAACGUGAAAAAGUUGCAGCAGAUGACAUCAUAAAAGACAUGUCUCCGGAAAAUCAGGCUAAGUAUAUGGAGAUGAAGACUGCAAAUGAAAAACUCUCCCAGGAAUUGAUUGUUCAACAGCAGGAAUUGGACGCACUGAACAUGAAGGAGGAGUCUCUAAGAGCUGAAAUAGCACACUCCCUGGUGAGACAGGAGGCUGUGCAGCUGUAUGAAAAGCUCCAUGAGCUUGAGGAACGUCAAAAUCAAAUGAUUGCUGAGGACAAGAACAUGGAAUCUCCACAGGAGGAAAGAGAGAGAUUACUAAAGCAGGUUAAAGAAGAUAGUCAAGAAAUAGCAAGCAUGGAAAGACAGCUGGCAGAAGUAAAAGAAAAAACAAACCACUUUAAAAAGGUUAUUCAACGACUUGAUACGGAUUUGGAGAAUCAUCAAGGAGAGGAAAAUUGGAAAUACAAGGAGCUGAAGAAGAGAGAAGAAAGCAUGGACAAUUUUCUUGAGACUUUUGAAGAUGUGAAGAAUCAAGAACUAGAACGAAAGGCCCAAAUAGAAGCCAAUAUUAUUGCACUCCUGGAGCACUCAAGCAGGAAUGUGAAUUGUAUGAAACAAAUUUCAUCUGUUACCAAUCAAGAGUUGAAGAUUAUGCAGGAAGACCUCACUUUCAAAUCAAAUGAAAUGCAGAAGUCACAGAGCACUGCUAAGAAUCUGAUUACAGAGAGUCAAAAAUUGCAGAUGGACCUGCAGAAGAUGGAACUCCUAGAGGGCAAGAUGACUGAUGAAGUGGCUUCUCUUAAAGAGAAAAUUGAACAAACAACAGCAGAGUUAGAAGUCUAUAAUAAUUUGCCAGCUCUGAAAGCAUCAGGAGAAGAGAAGAAAAAGAGACUACAGGAUGACAAAGAAAAAUUAACAAAACGUAGUAGUGCUUUCAAGAAAAUAAUGGAACACUUGAAUGCACAGUAUGAGACCCUGAAGAGAGAGCUUCAAGAGAAUGAGACACAUUCGCAGCUUACAAAUUUGGAGAGGAAGUGGCAGCACCAUGAGCAAAAUAACUUUAUGAUGAAGGAAUUCAUAGCAACAAAGAGUCAGGAGAGUGACUACCAGCCAGUAAUGAAGAACGUGAGAAAGCUGGUCACUGAAUACAACAAAGCUCUCAUAGAAGCUUUACAGAACACGAAGAGCUGAACCCAGGCACUUCCUUCCUGCCCCCAUGGACCAACAAUGAGGGAUGUGCAGAGGCAGCAUGGAAAGCUGAGCCACUGAGCUCAUGUGCUCACGACAACUGUGACAGAUGUUCUUAAAACUAUUUUUCCAAGUUUAUAAAAAUCACAGAUUUUAGUAGUACUCCUAUUUUUUUGCAAGGUUUGAAAAUAUUUAGAAAAAAAAAUCACAAACUGUAGAAACAUGUAGAACUAGAAAUACUGCAUAAUAAGUGUAAAAUCAUCAGAAUGUUUUACUGAAGCUCAUUGCUGGAUUGUGAAGAUGAAGUUUGCUGUAGGCAAUGCUUUACACAUGCUUUACACAAUGAAUGUCUAAUUGUCUUUUAGUCCUACCCCUGAUGAUCAGUGGGAUUUUUCCCUGAAUAAGGACUGCCCAAUGGACUCUCAGAUGCAUUAUCUUAAAUGAAAGCAUGUAAAUUAAGUAGUAAUAUGCCUUCGCUAUUUAAAUAGCAAUUCAUAACAAGUAAAGGAAGUAUGUAAGGACAAUAAGCAGCCUCUUAUGACAGAAUUCUUUCAUACUGUAAAGUCUUAAAGCAAAUUUACUUUAAGGAUCUGUCAGCAAAUAUUCAUUUCCCAAGGGAAAACUGACUAACUUGUAGAGCAUGUCCUUAUUUCAUCUUUUUAAUAUAAGAGCAGAACUAUGAUAAAAUGUAGUGAAAUAUAGCUAAUACUGACCUUGUGCAGAGCAUUUUAGUUUUGUGGUAUUCACCAGUAAAGGAAGUGAAAGGGAAAAUUACUUGCAUUUUCUGCAAUGUUUUUUUUUCCAAGUUUUUUCUUUUUUCUCAAGCUGCAGUGUCAUAUGUAAACCCAACUUCAAGAUAAGAACAUUGAAUAGAGAUUCAACGUAGAACAAAAACAGGACUGAUCCAUAAAUAAUGUGCAUUAUGAUAUAUACAUGUCAGAAAACAUUAAACAAAAUUACCAAGUGUGUAUUUCCCUCACAUUGUACAUGUAAUGUAAUUAUAAACUACCUAUUGGUAACUUCCUCUACCUUCCACGUUGUAAACUAGUCCUGACCAAGGGAAAAAAAAAAAACAAACAAAAACUAGGUAAAAUCUAGGUAAAAAUCCUAGACAGACAGUAGUCUUAAAAAGUAGAAAAAGUAGUUAAAAAAAAAAAAAUGAGGUGUUGGAUAUAAUCUUACUACUACCUUAGAAGAGUUCUCAUGUAAAAGAAGACUACUGUGUGCUUUAUUUCAUAAAACUGGGGUUCACAAAGAAUUAGAAAAUUAUCUGUCUGUUACAAUAUAAUUUAUAAAAUAUAAAAUAUAAGUGUGGUUUUGUCCUUCAGUUUCUCCAAAUCUGUUACCAUCAUUUUGAGUAUAUAGCAGAAAUAUGUAAAACAAACAUACUGAAGGAUUUUGCAGAGAACACCAUGUUUCCAAUUUCAGCUCAGUAAAUGCUGUUGUCCUCUAUAUUUAUGUCUGUAUAAUAUUUAGAGAUAAUGGAACAGGAUUUCUAUAAACCAAGGGAUGUUAUCUAGGGGAAAUUCCCACUAAUGUCUCUUCCUUCCUGACAAAGUUUCAGCUAUUCCAGAGAGAGCCCAUUAUUUGCUGAGAUAAAGUUGAAGUCUGAUAUUCUCACCAAUCAAACCAUCACCUAGUGAGAUCGCCUCCUGAAUUCCACUUCUGCUACAAUAACAUAUUUUAAUGAACAAUGGAAAGAAGUUGCAGACUGAAUAAACAGGCCGCUUUAAAUUCGCUUUCACUCAAGGCAGGGAAUGGUUUUAUUCUUUAGCAGUGAUUCUGUUGGAUAGCAGAAUAAAAUUUACAGGAUUUGGUUGUGUUUUGUAAUGUUCCCUUGUGAUAAAAAUGCUUUCUCUAGCA